UGAUGACAGUGCUGAUUGGAAGGAGACCAGAGAACCUCAGUCAGCUUCAAAGUCUCUGAAACAUGAUUCAAGACGUAAGAAAACAUUCUGCUGCUCCGAGUGUGAGAAAAGAUUUAACCGUGAGUCACAUCUAAAGAGACACAUGAUGACUCACACAGGUGAGAGACCUUUCAGCUGCUCAGUCUGUAAUAAAUCUUUUGCACAGAGUGGAGAUUUACAGAGACACAUGAGAACUCAUACGGGAGAGACGCCUUUCAGCUGUUCUGAGUGUAGUCAACGAUUUAAACAGAAGUCAACCUUGGUAAGUCACAUGACAGUGCACACAGGAGAGAAAAAACACAGCUGCAGUGUUUGUAACAGAAGAUUCAUAUGGCAUUAUCAGCUCAGGAUCCAUAAUUGUGUUGGUCGUCAGUCCUCACAGCUUCAUCAGAGACAAACUCAACACAUGGAAACAGAAGCUGAUGGAGAGGACUGUGGAGGACCAGAACCAGCCAGGAACUCACAUCCACUUUUACAGCCAGAGACUGAAGACCAGACUGGAGACUCUUCUGAGACUGAUGACUCUCAGAAACCUGAUUCAAGAUGUAAAAAAACAUUCAGCUGCUCUGAGUGUGGGAGAAUAUUUGGCCGCAGUUCACAUCUAAGGAGACACAUUAAAACUCACACAGGAGAGAAGCCUUUCAGCUGCUCAGUUUGUAAGAAAUAUUUUACACAGAGUGGAAGUUUACAGAGACACAUGAGAAUCCACACAGGAGAAAAACCUUUCAGCUGCUCAGUGUGCGUAAAAAGAUUUAUACAGAAGUCACAGCUAACAAACCACAUGGCAGUUCACACAGGAGAGAAAAGAUACAGCUGCAGUGUUUGUGAUAAAAGAUUUGCCUGGCCAGAAAAGGUCAAAAGACAUAAAUGUGUCGGCCGUCAGUCGUCACAGCUUCAAACAGAGGAGAAGAGAGAGGCAGAGCCUCCAGCCAGCAGAGAAACUCAACACAUGGAAACAGAAGCUGAUGGUCCAACAAAGAGCUGCCGCGAGGGACUAAACACAGAGAUGCAUAAACGCACUUACAUGCAGACGUGUUCCUACAUCGCUGGAGACCCCAACCUUUUCAGAGAUGAAGUUUGUAAAUUGUGA